AUGCAGUUGCAGAAUGAUCGCAUAUCUAUCGAAAAACUUGGUGAGCUUUUGAAAGAGGCCUAUCAAACGCUCGAACAUGCGAAAGAGGUCGGAGAACGUUUUUCUGAGGAGGCAGAAAGAACUUUAGCAAAAGUUUUUGAGUGCAAAACACAACUUGGAGAAGAACGCAUUGAAGCCAGGACAAACGAUGCGGAAAUAUGCAUUGAAAGCAAGACACAGCACGGAGAACAACGCCUUGAAAGAAAGACACACAUUGGAGCUGAAUGCAUUAAAAGCAAGACACUGCUGGGAGAAAAACGCAUUGAAAAUAUGACAAAGCUUGUAGAACAACGCAUUAAUAGUAAGACACUUCUUGGAGAGGAACAAAUUGAAAGCAAGUCACACGAUGCGGAACAAUCCAUUGAAAGUAAGACACAGCAUGGAGAACAAUGCAUUGAAAACAAGACACAACUUGGAAGACAGUGGAUUGAUAGCAAGACACAUGAGGCAGAAAAAACUCUUGAAAGCAAGAUUAAGGAUGGGGCACAAAGAAUUGAAUACAAUGUGCAGGAUGGCAUUAUGUGCAUGAAACAGGCAGCGAACGAAACUGUACAACUAGAAUACGAACGAAGCAAAGCAGAUCUUCGGCGUCGUUUGGUGGAGCAUUACAAUGACAAUGCGAGCAGCGUGCCUCUUUCAGUAUUGGAUCAGAGUCUUGAUAAACGUAUAACAGAUAUAUUUGCAACGCCCAAAAUUCACCGUAUUGAAAUAGCAAAAGAUGGAAAACGCGUAAAAAAGGAGCAAGUACUGACAUACAAAGAAAUCUUUUACACAAAUGAUACGAAGUCAAAUCGACGUAUAUACGUACAAGGCGAGCCCGGCAGCGGCAAGUUAACAUUUGCAUGA